AUGGAGACCGAGAAAUCUUUCAGCCCCGACGCAACUGAUUCAACCGCCUCCUCCGCUCCAAGCAGAUUGCCCUCAGGACCGUCGUCUCUCGUUGGAAGCGCUAGUGCUUUCCCCUCACUACCAACUCCUGCUCGACAGAAUGCCUAUUCCAACGUGAUGGACCUUGAAACCAGUAUUGCCGAGGAUCGCGCUCGGCGGGCCACCAGCGUGAUCUCGAUGGAUGAUCUGGAGGCUGCUCAGGCCCUGGAAGGGCUUCGGUCCGAUUUUGGUCAAUCUCCUCGAACGACGCGACAGCCCAACACAACUGUUUCACCUGAGCCGCCGCAACCUGAGCCGCUUUUGUCACUGCUCACUUCAUCUCAUCCGCUGAUAUCAUCUGCCAUCAACGGAUCUGUCUCAGCGUACACCACAUCUAAGUCUUAUUCGGCCCGUUUCAAAACGGGAGCCGAAUUCAUUGAACGUAACAUCGGUUCACCUGUCGCGAACACUGUUGGAACUGUGGGGCGCAAGACAGGCGUGGAGAGUGGGAUUCGCUGGGCAUUACAACGACGCGAAUCCUCGGAGGCAAAGCCUUCCAGUAAACGUCGAAAGGUGGCUGGUGAAACCACCUCAGAGCCAGUAGAGGACGGGGCGACAUCCGACACCACGAUGACGCCUUCACGAACCCGGAGCUCAUCAGAUCUCUCCAUGGCGGAUACGCUGCCCCCAUACGAUGAGAUGCGUUCCCCUCGCUAUGAGGAAAAGCCCGACCGUCAGGCCCCGCCUACUUGGCAGAGUCGAUUAGUGAUCUCAACGUCGGGGCUUGGUGUCGCCAUGAGCGACGAGUCAUUGCGCAGUCUGCAAUACUGUUUGACAUGGCUGCGCUGGGCGAACGGGCGUCUAGGGCGGGCCAUCGUGGCUCUCCAGAAGGCGAUGUCCGAAUGGGAGAGUCAAAAGCAGCAGGAAGGGGAGGACCUGGAAGGUGGAUCACAGGCCGCAAACGCGGACAGCGCCUCCCUCCUUACUCAGCGCAUGCAGGCUGUCAAGACCGACAUCCUGUCCACAUUGAAGCAAGUGGUGGAUGUGGUUUCUAGAUAUGCCGGCGGUGCUUUGCCGGAAAAUGCUCGAUAUCUUGUCCGCAGACACUUGACGUCCUUGCCUCAACGCUUCCAGAUGGCAAGCACCUCCCAACCGCCUCCAGAUUCGCCCGAGGCGUCAUCAGAUGCUCGAAUUGGUGCUCAGCGCGUUCUCGUUCUUGCCAAUGAAGGGUUGGACAUUCUCGGCCAAGUCAGUGGCGUUGUCAAUGAUACCCUGGUGAGCGCGGAACACUGGUGCGAGCGACUGGGACGCAAAAGGCCAGAAAACAAACCCGUGUCCGACGUGGAGAAGCAGAGUCACCUCCCGCUGCCUUCUGCUGGCCACACCAACGGUGCGGAUAUCAGUGCCGAUAUCAAGGCACCUAUCGUGCCGGGACCGGAAACGCGGGAGGACUUCCAGAUGAGUGGAACGGAGAAGGCAUAG